AUGGGUGUAGCAGAUUUGAUCAAGAAAUUUGAAUCCUUUACAAAGGAAGCUGAUCAAAAUGAAAUCAAAAAGAAUGGUUCAUUAGAUGAAAAUGAAUUAGUGUCCUACUACAAGUUCAGCGAACCACCUACGGCGCUAAGCGGUAUAGAAACUGCGAAAACUGUUGAGAUUGUAUCAGUUGCCUCGAAUGAAGACUCGCCUUUAGUGAUAGAGACACAGGAGGACUCGAACGAUGGAGAUAGCUCCCUUGUGGCAGAGACAACGACGGAAGGCUCAGAGCCUCCUGCAAGUGAAGGCCAAGGUACUGAGUUAUCGCAUUAUGAAGUAACGGGAGACAGUUGCGAUCAAGUGGCUGCUCCAGCACUAGAUGUGCCGCAGAUUAUUGUGCACCCUGUUCAGGACUUCGAUCAGUCUUCAGAGCAGACGCCCGAGCAGACGCCCGAGCAGACACCCGAGCAGACACCCGAGCAGGUGGAAGAGAAGAAACCAGAAGGGAAGAAGAAACCCACUGGAAAAAAGAAGAACAAGAAGAAACAGAAGAAGAAGUCCUCGGCUACUAAGGAAACCGGAUCGGUUUCCGAAAGUGAAAAAUCGCUUAGGCGGGUUUGAGACAACAGAAGAUCAAACGGCCUCCAAUGAUGAUGAUGAGACUGUAUCAGAUGAUGAUAAUAGUUACAGCGAAACACAAAGCGAUGGUGGGAGCCUCGACAACGAAAAAGCAAGGAAACUAGCUGGUAAUAAUAAUAUCGCCAUUGAAAACUCAACUUCAAGCUGUGAAUCAGACUCUUCUGACUUUGUGGGCUCGCAACCUUCCCAGGAAGCGCACUCCAGAAUAGGUCGGGAUGAACCUUUCCAGUUUGGGCAGCGUAAGCUGCGAGAAGAGUCUGAUGUUUGGGAUCAUAAUGCAUGGGACAAUGUGGAAUGGGAUGACGAGCAAUUACAGGAGGCAAAACUGAAGAUAGAAGAGCAGCAUAAGUAUCCUGUAGAAGAGUUUGACCGAAACCUCUACAAUGGAAAUCCUGCACGUUACUGGGAUAUAUUUUACAAGAACAAUAAAGCCAAUUUCUUCAAAGACAGAAAAUGGCUACAAAUCGAGUUUCCUUUAUUAUAUUCAGCAACAGACAAAGACGCUGGUCCUAUAACUAUCUUUGAGAUAGGUUGCGGUGCUGGCAAUACAAUGUUUCCAAUAUUAUCCGUUAAUCAGAAUGAACAGUUGAGGGUAAUAGGUGCUGAUUUUGCCCCUAAUGCCGUAGAACUAGUUAAAAACUCUCCCAACUUUAACCAAAAAAAUGCACAUGCUGCAGUCUGGGAUUUAGCCAACCCAGACGGCUUAUUACCGGAAGGUGUUGAACCGCAUUCUGUCGACAUUGCAGUUAUGAUCUUUGUCUUCAGUGCUCUCGCACCUGCCCAAUGGUCACAGGCUAUGGAUAAUUUGCAUAAAGUACUUAAACCCGGUGGAAAGAUUUUAUUUAGGGAUUACGGCAGAUAUGAUUUGGCACAGAUUAGGUUCAAAAAGAAUAGAUUAUUAGAUGACAACUUUUAUAUCAGAGGCGACGGUACUAGGGUGUAUUUUUUCACGGAAGAGGAGCUAAGAGCUAUCUUCACAGAGAAAUAUUUCAAAGAAGAGCGAAUCGCUACUGACAGGAGGCUGUUAGUAAACAGGAAAAGAAAACUGAAAAUGUGUCGUGUCUGGCUCCAAGCGAUGUUUUCUGUCCCAGAAUGA